UGAAGUAGUUUUUCUUAGAGUAUUGUAACACACGGUAGACGAGAUGGAGAGAUAAGCUCCAUACUUCACCGUUUCAAAUGUUCGGCUGUUGAUUUCGAUUGUGAUCACUUGUCAAAAGUAUUUAUUUAUAUCGAGAAGAACAUUUUACAAGAGAUCAAGAUGGAGCCUAUGACCCUUGGAUCUCCUGUUGGAAGUCCAGUCCAAACACCAGGAAGUCCAGGACCAAACUCCACGUAUCUACCCAAUUUCCUAUUGGGAGAUGCUAAUCCUACGGCUAGAUUAAAUAUAAUGAGUCCCCAAGGUACCCCAAGAAAUACCCAAUUUGGAUCUAUUACCAGCGGAGGCUUAUCAUCACCUAGUUCGAACUACUGCACCCCAGACUACCGUACGAAUCGCCAAAAAGCCAUGUUCGGUAACGUAACGAGCCCUAGUGGUCCUCAAAUCAGCUCACAGGGGCAAAACGGUGGUCCUCCAACUAGAGGACUUUUUGAUACGCUUGAAACUUCGCAGUCAAUGGUACCGCAGAGUCCCAGCGUGGGUCAAAACGUUACUAGUAAUCAGUCGAGAAUGUUGUCGGGAACAAAUUUGAACAACACCAUGUUCUUAGACAGUCCUGCAAACCUUUCUCUUAACGAACCGUUGCGAGGGCUUCAACAGUGGGUUACAGUCUUUGGCUUUUCCCCCAAUGCUGUAAACGCCGUAUUGUCUCAUAUAUCGAGUAGAGUUCGCGUAGUUGAGAAACGUGGCGCUCCUCAUGCUCAGGGUAAUUGGAUCCAUCUAAAAUGUGCGUCUGAGCAAGAUGCGCACAGAGCUUUGGCGUGCAAUGGCAAUGUUGUUUCAGGCUCUACAAUGAUAGGCGUUGUUCCUUGCACAGAUGAGGGAGUGGUUUUGGGAUCAGAAAAAGAUAAUCUUUCCAAAUUGAGCAGUGGCACCAGGUGCUUUGCUACACCAGAUAGAAUAAAUUUUUCAUCUCCCGAUUAUACAGGCAGUUUACCGCCUACUUCGCCGAAAAUACAGAAUGCCCGUCCUUUAGCGGUAGGCUACAACCAACACUUGAGCCCCCAAGCUGUUGUCAUGCCUCAAAAUGUGCCACAGAAGUCUACCGGGUUCUUCUCAAAAAUUUAUGAGUACAUCUGGUAGCUCGAUGCUGUUUCGCCAUAAUGUAUUCAUUUUGUAAUUCCAUUCAGUUUUUACUCUCAAAUGUGACGAAUUUUAGUAUAAUUUUGUAAGGUUGUUUUUUUGUUCGCAUCAGGUAAUUGAAAAUAAUUUUUGUAAUUGAGGGUGCAGUAAUGUCGAUUCAUUAUAGUCACGGAACCAUCAUAUAACACCAUUGUCACGCUAAUAUCAAUAUGGUAUCAAUCCAUAUACUUCAAUGUCCAACAAUCAACAGUAAAUAACAAAUGCCAAUAUCAGUUUUUCAAUAUAGGCAUGUAAUUUGCAAAGAUGUAUUUUCUAACAUUCAUGACGUACUGUAAUGUGUAAGAAAUUGGAUGCGAAUUUUUCCGUAUCCUAUUGAUAACAUUUAAAGUUACAAUAUAUUGCUCAUUUUUUUUUUUAAUUUUUACUAUUAGGCCAACAUCAUGUAAUUGUGUAUAAAAUAAAGGAAACAUAUUUUUCAUUCAUGUAUUAUUAUCCAAGUCAAUCAAGGAGCGUGUGUUAAUAACUCACUAGAUUUGUCGUAUUGUGAUGGCCAGUGAAAUUUGAAAUCUUGUUAACAUCUUUCUGAUUAAAACACACACAGCAUACCGAUGUUCAGGAAUGUAGUAAAAUAUUAUGGUAGGAUUUAAAAUUUGUAAAUAUAUUCUGCACGAAUAAAAAGAUAAGUUGAAUACAAGAUAAA